AUGACGAAACCGCGUCGUGGGGUUCGCUUCCCCAACCGGAAUGGCCAUGCUGCUGAUGGUAGGAGAUCCAGCUUCAGCGAGAUAAGCGAAGAUGGAUCAGGGUCUCCUGUUAAGAUCAAGAGCUCGCCGCAUUUAGACGGCAUCAGCGAGAAAGGACCUGAACAACCACCAAUGUCCGACUACGAGAAGAAAAAGGCCAACUUCAUCACCCGAACCUUUUGGACCUUCGUCAUGAUCGGAGGCUUCUUCUCAGCCCUAUUCGCGGGCCAUAUUUAUAUCAUUGCCUGUAUCACCAUCGUUCAGAUAGUCUCCUUCAAAGAAGUUAUUGCGAUCGCUAGUGUUCCUAGUCGAGCUCGACAACUACGGCCUACGAAGAGUUUGGACUGGUACUGGCUUGCCACUACAAUGUACUUCUUAUACGGCGAGUCUGUCAUCUACUAUUUCAAGCAUAUUGUGUUGGUCGACAAGGUCUUGCUCCCGCUUGCCACACACCACCGCUUCAUCAGCUUCGUCCUUUACGUCAUUGGCUUCGUCUUCUUCGUCGCCAAUCUCAAAGCUGGUCACCUUAAAUUCCAAUUUGCCAACUUUGGCUGGACUCAUAUGGCCCUGUACUUGAUUGUCGUACAGGCGCAUUUCGUCAUGAACAACGUCUUCGAGGGCAUGAUCUGGUUCUUCCUACCUGCCGCUCUCGUUAUUACCAACGACAUCUUUGCCUACGUAUGCGGUAUCACCUUCGGCCGUACCCAGUUGAUCAAGCUUUCCCCCAAGAAGACAGUGGAAGGCUUCGUGGGUGCUUGGUUCAUGACUAUCCUAUGGGCUAUUCUUCUAACCAAUAUCUUGAUGCGUUCCAAGUAUUUCAUUUGUCCUGUCAACGACCUUGGCGCCAAUAUCUUCACCGGUCUUGAGUGCGACCCUAACCCCGUAUUUAUUCCGCACACCUAUACCUUGCCUCAUCUAUUCUUCCUUCCGGAGGGAACUAGUUUCUCCUUCACUACCGAGCCUAUGCAAUUCCACUCCAUUAUUCUAGCUUCCUUCGCAUCUUUAAUCGCACCUUUUGGCGGCUUCUUUGCCUCGGGACUCAAACGUACCUUUAAGAUCAAGGACUUUGGUGAUUCGAUUCCGGGACAUGGCGGUAUGACCGACAGAAUGGAUUGUCAAUUCAUCAUGGGAUUUUUUGCUUUUAUCUACUACCAGACCUUUAUUGCGCAGCAUAAGGUCAACGUUGGCGCCAUCAUGGAGUUAGCCAUUACAGGGUUAACACUAGAGGAGCAGAUGGAACUGGUGAGGGGAAUGAGCAGAUAUCUAGAAAACCAGGGAGCCUGGGGCCCGGGAGUGAGUAUCUCAAUUACCUUAUGUUAUAAGUCUAUUAACUAACAUCGAUUAGGUCCAUGAUUGUCUAGAACAGGUAUUACCGGCCCGGCGAUAGGGACGGGUCGGACACGCGCUCUGGUAGUAAAGGUCCAUGAGCAGAGGUAUACUAUGUAUGUGUGUAUAGCUACUCGGUUCAGUAGCCCAUUAAUGAAUUGACGAAGAUUUAUCGGAUCCGGGUUUUGCAUCUCUCUGAGCAAGAGACUACAUGGUGAUUUUACCAAGUAUGGACAGACCAUGACCUAAAAAAAGGGGGCCGGGGGGCGAAAGGUUUAGGGGUUUGGUGUGUUCUUUGGGAUUUAGUAGAAGACAAAAUAGGAAAGGGAAAACAAAACCCUUCUUCUUCUUCUUGG